CUAUGUUACUAAUUAGUGUAUGAGAAUGGAAAUCCACAAUGCAUGCAAGCAAAUAAAUAAUACACAUAUUUAGAUAGUUCACUAAAACCACGUAUGUUAUAGUUAGUUCAUAAAUAUGAGGGAUCAUUUUUAUUAUAUGUAGAAGAGAACAUACUAUAGAGGGGUUGAGGAUAGUUAUAUAUGUACCCGUAUUUCUAGGGAUGACAAAAAUGUUCCAUAUUUGGGUAUUUCUCAAAUCUAACUUAAUACGAGCGAUCAAAUCGGGUUUGGAUUAUUUCAUUUAUGUGGCAGAACCAUACUCAAAUUUUCUAGUUUUGGUCUAAAUUGGACCCAUAGUAUUGUGUACCAAAAAUAAAUGGACAUCAAAUUCUAAUGCAGUUUUGCUAGUAUUUCUUUUUAUGAACAAACAAAAAGGUGUAAACACUUACAUUAAAGGUAUAAUAGGUUGAAGAUGAUUACUGAGAUGGCCGAUAGUGUCUUUUUAUUUGUACAAUCGCCUGGACCCAAAUAGACCCAUAUGAGUCCUCCAAUAUGAGUUUACCCAAAUUGGACUCACGGCAAACCUAACUUAAACUCAAAACUAUUCAAGUGCAUAAUGGUCCAAUUGGGUCUGAUCAAAUACUCAUGUAUGUCAUGGCAAUUGGGUCAAAAUCUAUCCAUUAUCAUUCCUACCGCGAUAACUUUAAAUCGACGACAAAUAACCUGAUUUAAGAAACCCUUCAAACCGAACCCAAUUAUAUCACUGUAACAUAUGAAAUUGCGACUUCACACAAUCAUGGCAUACUCAAAACUAGGGCUAAUACUGCCACAUAAGGGAUAAUACCACUAGGAAACCCGAACUAUUAAGAAUGUGUCAUUUGUGUACUAAAGUUAUCUAUAACGGUCAACGAAAUUGUCAGAAUAUAAUUAAAUGACACAUAACUAUCAUACAUUGUGACACAAAUGUCAUAUUAGAUAGUUUAGAUAACAAAUGACACAUUGUUGAUGGUUGGUUCGGGUUUCCUAAUGGUAUUAGCCCGCCACAUAAUUAAUUAAUUCAUAAACCCCCCAUUAUAGUAAACUAUCAAUGGUCAUGCAUACAUGUUUAGAUAUAAAAAGGAAUAGAAAGAAAAGGAGGUUACGUGGCCUCUUUAUGCUGGCGACAGCUAGCUAAAUGUGAAUCCAGCAAUCCAGGAGGAAGAGGAAGAUCCAUGGAUGGUCACAACUCACAACACCAUAUACAGCUUCUCCAUCCCAGCCAAAGGAAAACGACGGCUCUCUAUAUAUCACCAUAUUAAUAAAAAAUUAAAAACCCAUUUGUAGAAAGAUUUCAUGUGACAUAAUUUAUAAAUAAAAUCCCAUAACCCAAAGAAAAACAGAGGAAGAAGAUGGCGAGUGACUUAUAAUUUCAAGUUCACAAUAACAAUUUCGGGACACGUUGCCAUUGCAAAUGCAAACAGGACGGCACCGAAUCCUUUUGACUUUCCUAAACUGUCCCACUCUCAUCUUCUAUUUAUACCCCCCGCGCCAACAAAGAACCCUACAUCAAUCAUACUUCUCUCUGUUUCUUCGUUGGCUAUAAGCUAAGCAGAGGACUAAAUUAACGCUCUUUGAUUCAUCAAUCUGACAAAAGAACGGUAUGGGAAGAUCGCCUUGUUGCGAGAAGAACGGCCUGAAGAAAGGCCCGUGGACUACAGAGGAAGAUCAGAAGCUGGUCGAUUACAUUCAGAAGCACGGUUGUGGCAACUGGCGCACCCUCCCCAAAAAUGCUGGGUUGCAAAGAUGUGGGAAGAGCUGCCGUCUCCGGUGGACGAAUUACCUCCGGCCGGAUAUCAAGAGGGGCCGGUUCUCUUUCGAGGAAGAGGAAGCCAUCAUCCAGCUGCAUAGUGUCCUCGGAAACAAGUGGUCGGCGAUUGCAGCUCGGUUGCCCGGGCGGACCGACAACGAGAUCAAGAACUUCUGGAACACGCACAUUCGGAAGAGGCUCCUGAGGAUGGGGAUCGACCCCGUCACACACAGCCCGAGGCUCGACCUCCUCGACCUGUCCUCCAUUCUCGGCGUCGUCUCGCAACAGCAACAGCAGCCAAACUUCUCGAGGCUGCUCGGCGGGGUCCGGUCCCUGAUCAACCCUGAAAUCCUGCGUCUCGCCAACUCCAUCCUACAAUCACAAUCGACGUCGUCGUAUCAACCCGAUACUCAAAUUCAAACCCAAACCCAAAAUCAACCCUUCUUCGUGACCGAUCACCAACGGUACCAACCGGUCGCGGUCCAACCGGUUUGCUCCGAGUUUCAAGAAAUGACUGCUAAUUGUGCAACGACGACAACCGCCACGACGGCUACGACAACGACCAUGGAGAACACGCCGCGUGUCAUGUUCUCCGAUGCCGACGUGGGCCCCGCGGUUUGGGACAGCAAUUAUAUGGACGGCGGCGGCUAUGAUGUUCGACAAUCUGAUUACUACUACGCGUCGGUUUACGACGACCAAACGGCCGGUGGUCUUGUUGACCCGUCAACGACGGCAGAGAGCUGGUUUAGCCUCCCGCCGGCGUCGGUAUUAUCGACGCCUUCUUCCAGUCCGACGCCGUUGAAUUCAAACUCGACUUACAAUAAUUUGAGUACGGAAGACGAGAGGGACAGCUAUUGUAGCAAUGUGUUGAUGUUCGAGAUGCCCGAUAGUAUUUUGGAUGUCAGUAAUUUCAUGUAAUUAACAGAAUAUUAAUGUGAUGGGAAUGCGGGAAAGUCAUUUUUCGUUGUUUGAAUUGUUUUAUUUUUUCUUCUUCUUUGUUUUUAUAUAUAUAUAUUCAUUUCAAGAGCUAUAUUUAACUACUCUGGAAAAUAGGGUACUGUACAUGUUCGGUCUGGGAAAUACAUUUUGGUUGUUUGGAAGUUGCGAUAGUUUUGUUAAGAUUGUCAUUAUGCCUAUAUUGUUUACAAUGCAUCGUUUUUUUGUUUUUUAACAGAAACAAUACAUGUAUUGUUUCUGUGAUGUGACAGAAACUAUCACUCAUUUUGAGUGAUUGUUAUAUCUCAACUUUUAGCUGUGAUUGUUAAGAUAGUUGAGUUGAGAUUGUUUUGUCUCAGUUUUUAGCUGUUGCGACAUACGCAAUCACACAUACCAAACGUUGUAUUCUACAAUGCAUCAAAUUUGGCAAUACAUGUAUAAUAUUAUACAUGCAUUCUCAACAAUACAUCUAUUUAACAAUCGCAACUUCUAAACGACCCAUUUAUAUAUGGCAUCAUAACAUCUUUGAGUUACUUCAUUCAAUAUAUCCCGCGGUUCACCAUUAGUUAAUAAAAUGGGUUUGUUGUCUAAUCUAAGUCCAAUUGUAAUCAGUUUUCGUUGAAUUGGGCAAACCAUAAAGGGAAAGAAAAACAGCAGAACUCUCCUCUCUAUGAUUUUCAACUACUCAUCUUUCUUUCUUCUUCGUAAAGGUUACCCCACACACACACUCAUGAGUCAUAAUCCAUGUACUCAUAAACAAUUAAAAUGGUAUAGAAAGAAACCAAGAAGCUGGCUUAAUCUGCUGCAGUGAUGCCGACAGUUUGGUGGUCAGAUUCCGGCGACAUCUCCGGCGACAGUAGGUUCAAAGGGUGGCAACUGACACGCGUCCCGCCAGAAAUAUUGUAUUUUAUCUUGCCUCCUCCCGAAGCCGAGGACUUCAUUUAAUAAUAAAUAGAGUAAUAAUUUGCAUGGGGAUUUAUUUAUGGCAGGGAUGGCAACAAAACCCGAACCCACGGGUACUCACCCGACCCAAUCCGGUCAACGCGGGUAAAAUUCUUGUUGACGGGUUUUGGACCGGGUUUGGGUUUAAACCCGCUACACUAUUCACCAGGUCGGAUUGGGUUUGGGUUUAGAUAAACCCGCCCCAUGGUUACCCGUCCAUACACAUAUAAUUACUUUCCGGUAUAUUUAAUAUUCUAAAUAAUAUAUCUUUCUUAAACAACUAAUAUUCUUUAUGUUUGUGGAGACAUGUAUAAUUUGUUCUUUCUAAUUGUUUAGAAUGAAGUUGAUAUUAUGAAGUGAAGAAUGAAUAAAUUUAGUUGACGAGGAAGAAACUUUCAAUUAAUCUUAUUGUUUAUAGAUGUUUAUCUUUAAUUUUGAACAAUUUGUAUUGAUCAUUUGUGGUUUGCUUGUAUGCUCUAGAUUGGUGUUUUUUGGAUGAUUAAUUUGUAUAAGAAAAUUGAUGUUAAACU